AAUCGACAGGCAAAGACGAGAGGGACAGGCAAAGAGAAAAACGCUGGGGAAAAGGGCAGAAGCGAAGGAAGAAGGCCAAAGACAGGACAGCGAGGUUGUUCGCGCUGCUCUGUGGUGUGCGCGCCACUGCGGCAGGAGAAGCGGGCAGGUGAAAGUCACAAGGAAUCACAAGGAAUCACAAGGAAUUGUAAGGGAAUGAAACAACAGGAGGGCGAAGCCGAGAGAAAACGCCGGUUUUCUCGAGGCAGAAAAAAGCGUUUGGGCGGAUUCAAAGCGAAGAAACCGAGCUUAGUGUUCCGAGAAAUCUUCAAGAGGGCGAAAGGCAGAGACUCUGCAAGCGCGGCAGCCAGCCCCCCCGCGAGUCCUCACCUCUUUUCUCUGGAGAGGAGGCCGUCCAAGGGUGUCGAGGCAAAAAAACAAAAGUCCCCAGAUGUCCUCGGCGCGCGACAGUCGCUCGCAGAAGGCUCGUCUCUGACGCAGGAGCGCCCUUCGUCUCCUGGAGAGGGAAAACGUCGCGGAGCUCCCGCAGGUCGAGCAGAAAAUCGGAACUUUAGAGAUAAACGAAGCAGACGAGAGAAGAGGUGUCGUCGCCAGGGCGAGAGACAUGGAAAGAGGAGCGUACGAGUUCGUGAAGAAAGAAAGUCUCAAGUGGCUGCUGACACCCAGAAACCGAUCCUCUCCAACGCGUUCUUGUGUGUGCGUGUGAAAAGCGGCAGACCGGAGACAGAGGAAGAUCAAAGAGGAGACCUCAGUGACAAGUUUUCUUGCUUUUCAUAA